GUGGGCACUGUUCUCUAGUACCCUCGCGCCCUGAGGUCAGUUUUCACCUGGGUCCGCAGCCUACCGGAGUUCAGUCUGGCCUUUCCCGGGUCCCUGCACUGGAGGCGGAGAGCUCGGCCUUGGGGGGCGGGCAGCGGUCAAAGGGCGGCCGCCGCCUGGACCCCCGCGCCCUAGGCCUCCGACGCCUCGGCGUUUCCUCAGAGCCCUGGACCGCUGCACUGGUGGCUGUUGCACAUCCCAAACUCACUGAAUCGGAAACUCCAGGCUGGGUGCAGCAGUCGGAAAGAGAGCAAAGUAGAGUUGGAGAACUACCCACGUAUUUAAUUCACCUCCCAAAGCGUCCUUUGCUAUCUUUCCAAAAAGGAAAAACAUCCCUGCUAUUCAGGUCACGGAGACGAGAGCCUCACCUUGUUGUCUACGCUGAUCUGUGGAUUUCGGCGUGUUCGGGAACAUGGAUGAAGAAAGAAGAGCUACUGAGUUACAGAAAGACAUGACACAGGACUCAGUGGUCUUUGAGGAUGUUGCUGUGGACUUUAGCCAGGAGGAGUGGGCUUUGCUAGAUAUUGCUCAGAGGAGCCUCUACAGAGAGGUGAUGCUGGAGAACUUCCAGAACCUGGCCUCAUUAGGGUAUCCUCUGCAUACACCCUGUUUCAUCUUCCAGUGGAAACAAGAGGAGGACCUGGAGAAAACAACGGGAGGGCCUCUGCGGGAGCAGUGCCAGGAAGGUUUUGAGACUCAACUUAAAAGUAGUGAGUCAGUCAUUUCACAAAAUAAUUAUGGAGAAAAAAUAUCUGAUGAGCAGAAAAUAGUAAGAUUCAAAAGGAAUGAUUCUUGGUCAUCCAUUUUAUACAAACACUGGGAAUACCAUGCUGUUGAUGAUAAGAACAAAAACCACAAGAGACAUCUGGGAAGUCAUGUGGUGGAGAACAUCUAUGGGUGUAAUGAAGAAAAUCGGUGUGGACAAACCUUCAGCCAAAUUUCAAAUCUUAAUAUACUCAAGAGAACUACCGAGGUAAAAUUGUAUGAAUGCCAUGAAUGUAAAAAAGUCUUCACAGAUCAUUUAUCUCUUAGGAAUCAUGUCAGCUCUCACACUGGAAGCAAGCCCUAUCAGUGCAAGGAAUGUGGGAAAGUUUUUCAUUUUCUUGCUUGUUUCAAGAAGCAUAUGAAAACUCCCACUGAAGAGAAACCUUAUGAAUGUAAGGACUGUACCAAAGCCUUCGGUUGUUCUUCAUUCUUUAGGGCACAUAUGAAGAUUCACACUGGAAAGACAAACUAUGAAUGUAAGGAAUGCGGAAAAACCUUUAGCUGUUCUUCAUCCCUCACGGAACACAAAAGAAUUCAUAGUGGAGAUAAACCAUAUGAAUGUAAGGAAUGUGGAAAGGCCUUUAGUUGCUCCUCCUCACUCUCCAAACACAAAAGAAUUCAUAGUGGAGAUAAGCCAUACGAAUGUAAGGAAUGUGGGAAGGCCUUUAGUUCUUCCUCUCACCUUAUAAUACAUAUAAGAAUUCAUACUGGCGAGAAACCUUAUGAAUGUAAAGAAUGUGGGAAGGCCUUCAGUGAGUCCUCAAAACUCACUGUACAUGUCAGAACACACACAGGAGAUAAACCCUAUAAAUGUAAGGAAUGUGGGAAGGCCUACAAUUGUCCCUCUUCCUUAAGUAUCCACAUGAGAAAACACACUGGAGAGAAACCCUAUGAGUGUCUGGAAUGUGGAAAAGCCUUCUAUCUUCUCACUUCCCUUAAUACACAUGUGAAAAAUCAAAGUAGAGAGAAACCCUAUGAAUGUAAGGAAUGUGGAAAAGCCUUUAGCUGUCCCUCAUCCUUUAGAGUGCACGUGAGAAAUCACACUGGGAAGAUACAAUAUGAAUGCAAGGAAUGUGGGAAGGCCUUUAGCCGUUCCUCAUCCCUCACAGAACACCUGAGAACUCACAGUGGAGAGAAGCCGUAUGAAUGCAAGGAGUGUGGGAAAGCCUUUAUUAGUUCUUCCCACCUUACAGUACAUGUCAGAACUCACACUGGAGAGAAGCCUUAUGAAUGUAAGAAAUGUGGAAAAGCCUUUAUUUAUCCUUCAGCUCUUAGGAUUCACAUGAGAACACACACUGGAGAGAAACCCUAUGAAUGUAAGGACUGUGGGAAAGCCUUUCGCCAUUCUUCAUACCUUACUGUACAUGCCCGAAUGCACACUGGAGAAAAGCCGUUUGAGUGUCUGGAAUGUGGGAAAGCCUUCAGUUGUCCCUCAUCCUUUCGGAGACAUGUAAGAAGCCACACUGGAGAGAAACCCUAUGAAUGUGAGGAGUGCGGGAAAGCUUUUGUUUGUCCUGCCUACUUUCGAAGACAUGUGAAAACUCACACUAGAGAAAGCAUGUAAAGGUAAGGGAUAGGAGAAUGUAUGCAAGGAGUUUCAAUCUCAGGCAGCAUGUCUCAUGUGGAGACAUCCUGUGACGGCGAGAAUGUGCAACAUUGUUGCUCAUGCGUUUGAAGACAUUUGAGAACUCACAACUGGAAGAAACCCUUUGUAUGUAAACCAUGUGGUGAUGCCUUCCUGAUUAUCACUUGUAAGUGAAAAUCAUAAGAAAUAAGUGUACAAAACAAUUCAUACUGGAAGCAAAGAUCAGUGCCUCACCCUUACAGUGGAAUGUUUACUCAUUGAUUUCUGGUUUUUAUUUUCUGAUAUGAAUAUUUAAGGUGGUAGAUUUCCCUCUAAUUCCUUUUAGCUCUAAUAUGUUUUAUUCUGAGGUGCUUUUAUUUUGCUUCAGAUGUAAUUGUUAUUUCCAUUACUAAGUCCUGGAGUGUAUUUUUUCAUGUGCAGGCAGGAGUGGCCCUUUUUUAUUAGUUUCUGAUUAACUCUCACUGUUCUCUAUAAGUGUGCAGUGAUUAUGGUAUGGACACUUUGGUAUUUAUAAUUUCUUUUAUAAUUUUUAAUUCAUUUUAAAGAGGAAGGGAGAGAGAGAGAAACAUCAAUUUAUUGAUACACUUAUUUAUGCAUUCAUUGGUUGAUUCUUGUAUGUGCCUUGACCAGGGAUUGAACCCACAACCUUGGCAUAUCAGGACGAUGCUCUUACCAACUGAGCUACCUGGCCAGGGCCCUCUUUUAUAAUUUUCUUUUGUAAUUGGUAAUUGCAUUUUGAUCUAGUAUGGCAGAUACUGGAAAUUGCCUAUUCAAUAUUCUCCCCCCCUUUUUUUUUACUAAGUGAAACUACAGCUUUUGAAAUUAAUAAUUUUUUACUGUUCAAUGCUUUUGCUGUCUAAUAAGUAAUUUCAGCAGAAAUUAAUGUGCAAAGAUCUUAAAAGAAGUGUCUUACUUGAUAUGUUGUUUUUGUAUUUCAUUCUUUGUUCUUGCUCAUGGCUGGGAAUUGGACCCAAUGUUUUGAGAGUAAAAAGAGACCUUGUAACAAGAAAGCGAGAGGUCAAGUUGGGUGGGUUGGCUUCCCUGUGUUAAUUUGGGCAUGGCUGGACCCCACUUCCCAGAAUCAUUUCCUUAUGCAGUUCCAGGUUAGAGUUGUCUAAAAUAAACAGUUUGUAUGUGAAUUGGAAGGCAGAGGAUAGAAUCUCUUACUUUUAGUUUAGUGAGGCCAUGAGACAGGGAGACAGAUGCAUAUAGUGCCUGGUGGGCUCUAGUUCCAGCUCACUUUCCUGAUUAUUAGCCCCAGCAAUUAAUAUUGGCUCAAGUGGAACAUAUAGUGCUUAACUUAAGUUACCUUAGAAGCAGCAGUUCCAUAGACAUUGCUGUAAGUUUCUCCAUCAUGUCCAUUCACAGCCUCUUAAAUUUUUGGCAAGUUUUAGCAUUGCUGAUAUUACAGGCCCUCUGGCACAUCAACUGAUUAUACAGAGUUGGCCCCAGUUUGGAGCAGGACUGUUGUCAUCUCCACAGUUUAGUUCCAUUAUGUCAUUCUGCUCAAGGAGGAAGUACAUCUAUGUAAGUUCACUGUGGUCCCCAAACAAGCAGAGUUGUGGACAGUGAGGAAAAUUAGGUAUAAUUGAAAUAAGCAUCGGGGUACCAAUCCAUUUUAGCGAAGAAAGAUUUAUAUUUGACACUUUCAAACAAGGAAGAUUUUAUCACUUUUUUUAAAAUCUGGGAAGAUGAAAGUUAUUUGGUUUAUGCUUCAAGUGCAUUUAUCAACCUUUUUCCUUUCAUUAUAUUUUCCCCUUAUCUCUAAGAGUGCAGUCCUGUGCCACAUAUGACAUUUCAGUCAACAACAGGUGGCAUGUCUGAUGAUGCUCCUGUAAGAUUAUAAUGGAGCAGAAAAAUUUCUAUUGCCUGUACGUUCUGUGAUAUUUGCACAAUAAUGAAAUUGCCAAAUGAUGCAUUUUUCAGAACGUGGCCCAGUUGUUGAGGUAUGCAGCGCUGUAUACCUGUAUCACUUUCCCUUAAUCACUUUUUAUUGUUUUAUUGAUAUAUAUAUAUAUAUACAUAUAUACACACACACACACACUAAUGUGCAUGAAGUGUGCUAAUCUUAAGUGUACAGCUUGAUGAAAUUUCACAUAAUGUUUACAUCCUGAUAAAUAGGACAUUGCCAGGACUCCUGAAAGUUCAUUCAUCUUCCUUCUCAAUAAGUGCUCCAAAGAGGCAAGCCCAAUUUUGACUUUUGUUACAGUUUAUUAGGAUUGCUUGUUCUUGAUCAUUAUAUAAAUGUUAAAAUACAGUAUGUACAGUUAUGUGUUUGGAUUCUUUUUUCACCAUAAUGUCUGUUUGCCUUUUAAUUGCUCUUUGGCAGACUAAUACAUUUCUCUUGGUAAAUGCUUUAUACAUGGGAAUAAAAUGAGUGAAUCCAAGGGUAGAUUUCAUGCUUAGUUUUGGUAGGUAUUCCACUUUUUUAAAAAGGUUGAUCCCACUUAUAAUCCUAAAAGCAAUACAUGAAAGUUCGAGUUAUUCCACUUAUCUGGUCUGCACUUUCUAAUUUUAGCCAUUCAGCAGAAGAUGUGGUAAUAUCUUGUUUUUGGUUCUAAUUUGCAUUUACCUGACAUGUAAUGAUGUUGAGUACAUUUUUAUGUGCUUGUUGACUAUUUGGAUAUCUUUUAUGAAUGUAUCUAUUAAAGCAUUUCAUCAUUUUUUUUUAAAUUGGAAGGAUUUCCUUCUGAUUACUUGUCCUAAAUUUAUUGUAUGUAUGUGUGUAUCUGUAUAGUUACAUACAUAUAUAUGCCAUGUGUUAUAUAUUAUAUAUAUGUUAUAAUAUGUAUAUUAUAUAUAUGUAUAUUGCAGAAAACUUUUCCCAGUCUAAGGCUUGUGUUUUCACUCUUUUCAUUUUGUUAGCAAUAAAGGGAAUUUAUUGUUUUGAUUACUGGAAAGUCCUUGGGUAUACUUGGCUUCAGGCAUGGCUGGAUCAUGGGACUAAAAACAUAUUAUCUGGAUGAAUUCUGUUUCAAUGUCUUGGCUGUGCAUCUUCCUGUACUAGCUGUUCUCCUUGACAGGCUCUCUGUCUUCGCAGUGGGCCCCAGAAGAUUCAAGCUGCUUUUUUUUCCUGGUUGAAUUUUCAGGGAGAAAAGAGUGAUAGUCUUUUGGAACAAUUCCAUUAUGAUUAUGGCAAUUGAAUCUGAUUGGCUCACUUGCCCACUGUUUUCCCCAGGCAUGUAAUAUUCUUAUUUCUUUACAACUAGCUUUCACUCUCAUCUAGAAACCAGAGUAGAUUCUACACUUGUCUUCCCUAUUCACCAUUUGUUUGUAUAUUAAUUUUAGAAUCUCUCUUAUCAAUUUUACAAAUAAAUCUGGGACUAUGCUUGGCAUCAUACUGAUUUUAUAGAAUAACCUGAAUAAAAUUGACAUCUUUACACUAUUGAGUCUUCCAAUUGAUGAAUGUGAUGUAAUUGUACAUUUAC